AUCGUGAUCUCGUGUUCUUUGCUCUUCUAUAUAGGGGUCUCUUGGAUAACACUAGAAGAAAUCACUUCUUACAACGGGGUGCCGGCCACUCCAUCGUACGGCUGACUUCGCAGCGUGGCUUACAUAGCCAACACAGUGCAGCUCCGACAGCAGCAUGGCAGAGGCUCUGAACACCGAGGAGCUCGUCAAUCACCUCCAAUCUGUACUGCUUGAGCUCAACGCCAACCCCUAUCCAGACGUCGCGUGUCCACCAGAUUUACCGAAACGCGCUUCGGUAGCUCUGAUCCUACGCAUACAACCCAGUUACGCACAUUGGCCCGACAGCUCCGAUAGUCCUCUACCGAAGCGACGCCGACGCUCCUCGGUCGCAAAGCCCGCAGAUGAGUUCGACUUUGAGUCCUCCUUAAGUGCCUUCUUCAAUCAGGAAUGGGUCAAGCACGGUGAUCCGGAACUACUUUUCAUAAAGCGGGCUACAAGGAUUGGUGACAAGUGGAAUGGACAUGUCGCGCUACCUGGUGGAAAGCGAGAUCCCGAGGAUAGCGAUGACCAAGUCACGGCUGCGCGCGAAGCGCUCGAGGAAGUCGGUAUUGAUCUGAGUCCCGACAAUGCCAUCGCCGUGGGCAACCUGCCUCAGCGCAUCGUUACGACGAGCUGGGGUAAAGUACCGCUCAUGGUUCUAUGUCCAUACAUCUACCUUCUGACUUCGCCCUUCUAUCCACCACAACGUCUGCAGCCCACCGAGGUAGCAUCUUCCCACUGGGUCCCUAUCCGCGCACUCCUUUCGCCUGCACUACGCACACACGAAUACGCCGAUGUCUCAGCACGUCUAGCAAAAUCCGAACUGGGUAUCAAGCGUUGGUUCCUGCAGGCAAUGCUAAGCAAAAUGAUGUUUGCAGCUAUACAACUAGUCCCCGCGAACUCGACACAUUGCGCAACUAUCCCAGACUUUAUACCCAUUGACGAAGAAUCGCAAGGUGUACUAAGCCAUGCGAGAGACGCCCUAGCAGGACCCGCCUCGCGAUCCAAAGACCGCAGGCCGCCGCUAUUACUUUGGGGGUUGACACUCGGCGUUGUAAGCGACUUUCUCGAGCACAUACCUCCUCAUAAUGCGCUGGAGUUAUGGACGUAUCCUACCUUUACCAGUUGGGACGUCAGAGCAAUACUAUGGGCAAUGUCAUAUCGCUUCCGCAAACAGAAAGCCGUGGAGAUGAGCUCGGCCGUGUCAAGUGUAUCAGCCACGAGCUCGGGUCCUACACAGGAUCUGCCUGGAAUAGGAAGCGAGGGUGUAGGUUCGUUGGAAGAACCAGAGAAGCCAGGAGAAGUGGGUAUAGCGGGGUUGGGCGUGGGAAGGACGUGGGGUCAGAGUGGAAGAAGCAAGAUGAUGGCUAGAGGCGCUGCUGUCAAUUCUAUGCUAGAGGGAUACUAUCCCAUUAUCAGACAGGCUGUGACGACGGCCCUGGUAGUCAGGAUAGGUCUUGUGGGCCUGACGGCCUUCUUCACCUUGAAGAAACUGGGUCCUCCUGCGCCCUUUGAAUUCGUCAAGAGACUUGUGCCUUAGCUUUAAAAAAAACAAACUUUGUUUGGUAGAACAAAACACAGUGUGUAUCCCCCCCCAAAAAACACUCCCUGAAAAAAUAAUCGUCCU